AUGCCAGCUGGCACUUUAGGAGCUACCACAGUGCAGGACAGUCAGUGGAGACCUUCAGAGCAGGUAACACCCACCGCUCCUCCACUCUACGAACCGCGGUCUGGAUUUUCCUUUUGGCCGGAAAAGAUUCGUAAAAAAUUACACAAUUUUUUUCCUGUUUUUGAAACAGAGAACGGGGGACGAGUACAUGUCCCCGUCGAAUAUAACCUAAUUAAAGAAUUGGCUGAGUCUGUCCGCAAAUACGGGGUUAAUGCAAAUUUUACCCUGGUAAUGUUGGAUAGAAUUGGCAAUGGCACCUUAACUCCUUCUGAUUGGCAGAUGGUAGCAAAAGCCGCACUUCCAGAUAUGGGUCAAUACAUGGAAUGGAGGGCUCUCUGGUAUGAGGCCGCUCAAACACAAGCCCAGGCCAAUGCUCUUGCCCUUACUCCUGAACAGAGAAACUGGACCUUUGACUUGUUGACAGGUCAAGGUCAAUUUACUGUGAAUCAGACAAAUUACCAUUGGGGAGCCUAUGCUCAAAUUUCACAGACAGCUAUUAAAGCCUGGAAAGCGCUUUCUAAAAAAGGGGAGGCUAAUAGGCGCCUUACAAAAAUUAUUCAGGGCCCUGAGGAAUCGUUUUCCGAUUUUGUGGCCAGAAUGACAGAAGCAGCAGGACGUAUCUUUGGAGAUGUUGAGCAGGUGGAACCUUUUAUUGAACAGUUGAUAUUUGAACAAGCCACUCAAGAGUGCAGAGCCGCCAUAGCUCCUAGAAAAAAUAAGGGCUUACAAGAUUGGCUCAGAGUGUGUAGAGACCUCGGAGGACCGCUUACUAAUGUGGGCCUAGCAGCUGCUAUCCUCCAGUCUCAAAAACGCCCUGCUGGUAAAACCAACCAGAGGACUUGCUAUAACUGUGGCAAGCCUGGACAUUUUAAAAAGGACUGCAAAAACUCAAACAGAAGGGGAGAAACACUGACUCUCUGCAACCGUUGUGGCAAAGGAUAUCAUAAGACUAGCCAAUGCCGCUCGGUGAGAGAUGUGCAGGGGAGACUCCUCCCACCUAUUAACAAUCAAACUGUCGAUAACAGCCAGGCUACCGAUGCGCCAAAAAACGGGCCGUUGGGCCCUCGGUCCCAGGGCCCUCAAAGAUAUGGGAACCGGUUUGUCAAAGCCCAGGAGGACAACAGAGACACGGCUCAGGACACUCUACAAGAGUGGACCUGUGUGCCGCCUCCGACUUCUUACUAA